AUGAGUCGUCAUCCAGAGGUUAAGUGGGCUCAGAGAGUAGACAAGGUCUACAUCACAGUGCAAUUGGCUGAUUCCAAAGAUGCUAAAGUUGAUCUUACCCCUGAGGGUGAGUUUAUCUUUUCUGGUAGUGCUGGGGCUGGAGACAAUAAGUAUGAGCUGAAAUUGGAGCUUUUUGACAAGGUUAAUGUAGAGGAGAGCAAAAUCAGUGUAGGAGUGCGAAGCAUAAUUGCUGUAGUGCAGAAAGCUGAGAGUGGAUGGUGGAAGAGGUUGCUGCGUGGAGAAGGAAAGGCUCCACAUUAUGUGAAAGUGGAUUGGGAUAAAUGGGUUGAUGAAGAUGAGGAUGAAGGUGGUGAUGUGGACUUGGGAGGAAUGGAUUUCUCGAAAUUUGGCGGUGAAGGUGGAAUGGGCGGAAUGGGAGGAUUGGGCGGAAUGGGAGGAUUAGGAGGAAUGGGGGGACUAGAAGGAUUGGGAGGAAUGGGUGGACUGGGAGGAAUGGGAGGAAUGGGAGGACUGGGAGGAAUGGACUUCUCUAAAUUUGGUGGAAUGGGUGGUGGCGACGCAAUGGAUGAUAUUGAUGAGAGUGAUGAUGAAGGUCAAGAAGUGUCAAAGCCUGGUGAACAAGAUGCUGGAAAGAUCGGUAGUGAGCAUGAUGCUGCUGGCAAGAGUGCCGGUGAGGCAACUACAGAGAGUAAAGAAGCUACUCCAAGCAAUUAG